AUUUUGUUUUAUCGUGUUUUAGGUCUGCAUGGCGGACUGCAGAGUAGGAGCGAAGACUGGAGUAGAUUAACCCGAUCAUCUACUUCAGGAAAUGUACAGGUUUGUGGGUUGAGUAAUGGGAAGGAUUGGAGUUUCUCUAAACCGGAGAAUAAAACCUGGAAAACCUUAAUCCAAGUAUCACCUAAACCUGAGACUAAAACCUGGAAAACCCUAACCAAAGUAUCCACUUCAUCCUACACUUGUAUCCCGAGGAUGAACAUGAAGUCCUACAACUACAUGAAAGUGUCCGAGCUGAAUCUAGAAAACCGGAAACUGUGUGAGAAAAUGAGGGAAACCCUAAUGAAACCCCGAGAUAUACUCCAAACUGGGCAAACGUUGAAAAGUGGAAAGAAAAAUGUCGGCAUUGAAAUAUUUCCCGCCAAACAGGAAUCUGAGAUGGGGAAAGUAGCGGAAAAGAAAUUAGGAAAAGAAUCGGCUGAUGUUGUGAAGGAAAUUGAAAAAGCUGAUUUCCCGAUGUAUCCGGUUCUAAAAGUAAACACAACUCAGACGGAAAGUUGGAUGGAGGAUGAUAAAGCUGACAGGAUUAAAGCUGAGGAGUUGAAAAUAUUUACUCAAAAGGACUGUUUACUCAAGAUUGUGAGUUUAAUAGUUGGAGAGAAGUCCAAACAGUUGCUAAAACCUGGGAGCAAGCUCAGAAUGCUCCUAGAGCAACAUCUUGCUCCUCUUCUUCUUUCGGAUCCUGAGUUCAUACUCAAGGUGUCAUUGUAUUGCAGACGUGAACUAAACCUUCGUCUAGUUUCAAAUUUUCUUUUGGCAUAUGCAGCUGCAAACAAGAACACUGCCGGAUUUCUUAAGAAAUAUUUCAAAAUGGCGGUCAGGUUACCAAGUGACUGGUUACAAGUUGCUAGUAUAGAACUAGGGAUGGACACUAAUUUAAAGAGAGGAAAUGUUCCCAUGGCUCUCAGACGAGUUUUGGUGAACAAGUUUACAGAUUUUGAUGAAUACCAACUAGCAAAGUAUAAUAAAAGCCCAAAGAUUGGAGAAGAAGAAGAAGAUAUAAAGGAUCGGGAGUUUAGCAUGAAACGACUUGUUCGUACUCUUCAUAUCCAUGAACCUGCAGAUCUAGUGAUGAAACUGCUCGGGAAAAGGUAUCCUGAGGAUCGUGAGAGGUUUCGUGAAUGUCGUCUGCCUGGACAGUUUAAGCCCCAACUGGCAGGAAAAAGAAUGAAACUUGAAACUCCGGAAACUUGGGAAACAAUGAUAUCUGCGUAUCCUGGAAACAAAUCAGAGGUUUGGGAACAUCUAAUCGAGAAUCGGAAACUGCCAUACACUGCUACUAUCAGAAAUAUUAGGAACCUGCUACUAACUGGUGUAUCGGAUGAAUAUCUAAAGAAAGCUGCUGAUUUUAUUUCCAACAAGAUUAUGGUUGAGAAAGGAGGGAUGUUUCCGUUCCAAUAUUUUUGUUUCAGGAGGGAUGUUUCCGUUCCAAUAUUUUUGAGGGAUGUUUCCGUUCCAAUAUUUUUGUUUCAGGAGGGAUGUUUCCGUUCNUAUAUUUAUUACAUCUUGUCAAUACUGUAA